AUGUCGUCGGCUGCCUUACAGACGGCCCCCCAUCAACACACCGCUCUGGCCUCGUCCCCCUUGAGCACACCGUCGUCCCGCCAGUACAGGCCCUCGCACUCAUCCCCUAACGGUAACGGCCAGGCGUACAAUGCCCAGCAGAUCUCGACCGCUUCUUCAUCCUCGCGACGACCUCCUUCUCGAAAAACGAACGACAGCGCUCCCUCACCUUCUUACCAUCUAGCUCCCGGCUUCGGUUCACCCGUCACCGCCUCAGCGCCUGACGACCAGGAACCUUCAGCCUCUGCCUCCGACUGGCAAGGCAACAUGCCUCCCGUCGCUCCCCCAAGGACCUCGUCCAACCACCAAAGCGGUAGUUCGCGGAGGUCUCAGUAUUCUAACGAAAAGUCGACCAACUCUCCCCGUCGAAACGAAUCCACUCGAACUGGUUCGCGUGGUGAUUCAGCAGCUGUCGAGAACGGUCACCGAAGCAGCAAGGCUGACACUGCUGCCCGAGCCAGUAGCCGAGACGGCAGGGCCGCAACCACUUCCAUGCCAGUUCGAUCCGCACAUAGCACGCCCUCGAAACCCGUCCACGAUGCCACUGACAGCUUGACAAAAGCAAUUGCAGCUGCUCAAGAUACCAUCGACCGGGAUCGCAAUCAUGCUGCAGCUCAGCACAAUAACGUCGAGGAUGCCGCAGCGCCGCCUCCUGUCGUCGCGACGGGUGAUCACCAUGAGGAACGACGGGGACAGCGAAGCCGACACGAUCAUAGUCGAAGCUACAAGGGCAAUACCAAGUUCGGCGACUUUAUUCUGGGUAACACCAUCGGUGAGGGUGAAUUUGGCAAAGUGAAGCUGGGCUGGAAACAGGACAGUAGCGUCCAGGUUGCUAUCAAGCUCAUCAAGAGAGACAGUGUGGGUAGCAACCCCUCUCGUUUCGCCAAGAUUUACCGCGAAGUUGCCAUCCUUCGCGGAGUCCAACAUCCUAAUAUUGUGCGUCUAAUCGACAAGGUCGAGACAGACCGACACAUUGGUAUCAUCCUCGAGUACGCGUCGGGUGGUGAACUUUUUGACUACAUCCUGAACCACCGUUAUCUCAAGGACAACGCAGCUCGUCGCUUGUUUGCCCAGCUCGUGUCUGGUGUUGGAUAUCUCCAUAAGAAGGGAAUCGUGCAUCGGGAUCUGAAACUGGAAAAUCUGCUUCUCGAUCGAAACCGCAACAUUAUCAUUACCGAUUUCGGCUUCGCCAACACCUUUGACCCCAAUGAAGAAUUGAGUAAGGAGGAAGAGCUUAAUCUCACAGAUAAGGAAUUUGUGAAGCGAAUGGGCUUAGACCGGGUCAAGAUGAACGGAUCCAGGAAGGGUGACCUCAUGCAGACAAGUUGUGGUAGUCCUUGUUAUGCUGCACCUGAACUGGUU